AUGAAGACAUACCUUUAAAUUAUAAUAAAUCAUGUGGGCGAAUAGACUCCUACAAUCAUUUUGCACGUUGGAAGUUAAAAAUAUAUUUUUAACUGCUCAGAAAACUUUAUGAGAUUCUAAAAAUUUAAUAAAAUCAAGCUUGUUUAGGGGAUUUGCUUCUUUUUAACUAGAUUAUCUUCUGAAACUCUAGAUGGACUAAUUCCAAAUAUGACUCUUCUAUUUUGUAAUGCUAUGGGAUUACAAGAUAAGAUUUAUGGACCUUAAAAAUUAGUGAAUAUGUUUUAAGAUAUGAAGAGCAAAUUUUAUAUAAAGUGCCUACCUUAUUCGUUUUUAGGAUUUGAGACAAACAAACUAGAAAAUAAUAAAUAAAUGUCGAAUUUCUUAUUAGGAAUUAAUGAUAUGGCUUCCAUUUUUGGCUUAAAAUAUGAUGAUUAAUUUUCAAAUAAUUUCUUUUAGGAUAAGUAAAAGGCUAAUGCUUAUUUGUAUGAAAAAUUUAAACAAUAGAGCUUAAAUAAAAAUAAUUUCUUAAAUGAUGCAAGAUAGAUGAUCAACGAAUAAGGCAAUUAUUAAGAUGCAGAAAUAGAGGUUGUACCUAUUUAUGUUCAAUCUAAAUCUGAAGAUGUCCUUGCUUAUUUAAUCAAAUUUCAAAAAUAAGAAUGUAAGAUGAAUAAAGAAAAACUUAAAUCUUUCAAUAUUCCUGGUAAAAUGAUGAAAGAGUUUCAAUAAAAUAAAUAAAUUGAAUUAGAUGGUAAAAUAAUUAAGUUACAAGAAGUUUUAGAAGAUCCUUAGCCAGCCUAAUAAUUGCUCAUAUUUGACUGUCUUUCAGAAGAAUGCGUUAAGAAUAUUAUUAAUUGUGAGGAUAUUUCUUAUACAACAACAUAAGAUUCCUUUGUCUACGCAGUUAUUCACAUGACUCCUAUUCAUAUCUUAAAGAGUCAUCAUUAUGAAUUAUUUUUGAAAAAGUUUGAUGUAAAUACAUUGCACAUCUUUGUAAAUUCCCACAUAAAAGAAACUUAAAUACCUUAAAACAAUCAUUCAGAUACUUUUUUACACGUAUAGGCUACUAACAUAAUUGCUGAGUAAUUUCCAGAAAAUUUCCCUAAAAUCAGUGAAAACACUAAGAAUUAUAAAAGCGAAUCAGAAUUUUAUGAAAUAGAAUUAAAUUAAUUGUUUCCAUAUCUUAAAAAUAAAACAAUUUCUAAAAAAAAUUAUUAGCUCAUUUUUAAUUCUAAAUAAGCAGGAUAAGCAUAUCAACCAAUUUUGUCUUAGAAAAAUACAAAAAAAUAUUUUUUGACUGAAGAAUUCUAAUCAGAAGCAGAAAAGUUAAAGGUAGAUUUAGUCUAAGAAAUGAAAUCAAACGAAUUCAUUCUCUUUGAUGCUUAAAUAAGAUAAAACACUAAGAAUUAUGAUCCGCAUAUUUACUUUUUAGGUACCAGUUGCAUGACUCCAACUAUUUUUAGGAAUAACAGCAGCAUUUUAAUCUAUGAGUAGAGUUUAAAAUAAGGCAUAAUGUUAGAUUGUGGUGAAGGCACCUAUUAUUAGUUAUUAAACUAAUUUGGUGAAGCUGAGUGCUAAGAAGUUUUAAGAAAUUUAAAAUUAAUUGUUUUAACACAUGCACACUCUGACCAUUACUUAGGAUUUUAAAGCAUAGUAUAUUAAAGACACAAAGCUUUCUAAACAGCUUUUAAUGAAGGUAAAAAAUUUUUUACAGAAGAAGAUUAGCUUAUGUAUAUUGCCCUGCCUUGGUCUCUUGCUCCUUGGUAUGGAGUUGUAGAUUGUUACAUGGAAAAAAUGAAUUGCAAACUCAUUUAUUUUCAAGAUUAUAAUGGAUAAAAUCUCAACGAUCUCUUUAACUAAUACAAUAAAAAACCAUGUUGCGAUAAUCAGGUCCAAGAAACAGAACUAAAAGAGUAAAAAUAAUUUCCUAAUGAAAUGAUUUCAAAGGAGGAAGAAAUAAUUAAAGAAAACUAAGAAAGUUUUAAUGAAGAUUAAAACAUUUAAGAUGAAAACUAUAAUUCAGAUGAAGAAAGAGAAGAUAACAGAAGAUUUAAUGCCAAAAUUAGAAUUAUGCAGUUGUCAAAUUAUUUGAAAUCUGAUUAAACAGAAAUUCAUUAAUUAAAAUAGGAUUUUAAUUAAUUUUUGCUUGUUUCUUUAGGAAUACAAGAAAUCAAAUUUAUCCCUGUCAUACAUUGCCCGUAGGCAUUUGGAAUAGUAUUCUAGCAUACAUCUGGCAUAAAAAUUAGCUAUUCAGGAGAUACAAGACCUUGUAUAGAGUUUGCUUAAGCGGCUGAGGAUUCAGACUUAAUGAUCCAUGAAGGUACCUUUAAUCAAAAUAUGUAAGAGCAUGCCAAGUAUGCAAAACACUCUACAGCCUUCGAAGCAAUAGAUAUAGCUAUUCAAGCAAAAGCUAAAGCUUUAGUACUGACUCAUCUUUCUAAAAGACACUCAAAGUUAGACCUAGGAGACUUUUCAGACUAAUCCAUAGAAAAAAAUAGAUUCAUUAAAUAUCGAGUUUCUCAAGCUUUAGAUCAUUUAGCAUUUUAAUUAUCUAAGUAUAGCACUGUUCCAUUUAUUUCAAAGUGCGUACACAGUCUUUUUCCUAAUUAAGAUGAUGAGUAUUGA